UUGCAGUCCCUAGCGGCCUGAGACGGAAACGAAACGGUCUACGAAAACCGCCGAAUUUGGAACGCUUGAACUGCUGAAACAAACGCUGGCUGAAACAAACGUUAGCUGAAACUACGUAAAAAAAAAAAAAAAAAAAAAAAAAAAAAGAAAGAAAGUUCGGUGGCUGGCCAUCCGGCGGCUGGCUUGGUUGACUGUGCUGUUGAAGCCUCGGUUCAAGGCGCUCAAGACUUCACGCCUGUUCACGCAACGUUGGGGCGUUCGGAACUUCGGAUAUUGGUUCACGCGGUAAAUGUGCUUUGUUUAGCUUGUUCAGCUCACGAAAUACAGCUCAGCUGGCUCAGCUCAGCUAGCCCACUGUAGCUUGGGGGUUCAGCCGUUCAGCUACGCUCUGCCAUCUGCUGGGUUUAACUGAUCGGCGGUGGUCAGCCGCUGACAGCUUUGGCUUCCGCGCAGCUGAUAUUCGAGUUCCAAGCAAUGCAAGUUCCGCUCAUCCCCGAGCUCACAGAUAUUCCGAUGAAGGUCCCUUUGCCCGUCUGGGUCAGCAACUUCAUCAGCCCUACAAAGUUCUGGCUCAGGCUGAAGGACGACAAACACCGCGAUCCGUACAUCCGAGACUUCGUCCGCGGACAGACUGAGCACUUCUACACGCUGAAUGUGGGUGCCUACUGCGUAGCGGACACCGGCAGGAACUUCGACCUCGCCAGGGCCUUCGUGCUAGACGUUCAGAAGGACGGCUUCGGCAUGCCCAUAUCCGCCGAGGUCUUCUGUGUGGACUACGGACUUACCCUGGUGCUGGGCAUGAACAAGCUGUUUCCCCUGUCUGAAAUUGAUGCCAAGAUUCCCUGCCUGGCUGUUCCCUGUUCUCUUCGCCGCCUGACGUCGCCCAGCAGCACGCGUCUUCGAGACAUGGCGGACUGGUGCGUCACGCCAGGCGCAGAGCUGGAGGCCGUCUUUUAUGGAACUUCCGAGGCGGGCGUGUAUCAGGUAGACAUGUUUGUAAUAACUGGAGAGAACGGCCAAGUGAGGAUGAACGUCGCCAAAGACCUCAUCGAUAGGGGGAUUGCUGCGAGGAUAUGGUACCCUCACCCGCCGCAAAGAGGGAAAAUCGCCGCCUGCUCAUCAAAGGCACCUCACCACUGAAAUUUGUGUUGUCGGUCUGUUGUGGGCGAUGCUUAGGUGCAUCAUGUCUAACUGCCUUUUCGCCAAUACCAACUCUUUCUGUGGAGCUAUUUAGCAUAGUGAGUGUCUAACAUAUGGUGGCAUAGCCAGGAGGAGAGCUUAUAGGGCGUCAAACCCCCGCCCAAAAUCUGAAAAAAAAAAAAAAAAAAAAAUCCUGGCUACGCCACUGGUGGCAUAGGCUAUUCAUGCCUUGCACCCGACUUCAUUGGCACCGUACCAAAGCCGCCUUUGCUCCGUAUCAUGCUCCUGCGCCCGUACCUUCCGCAGCAUACAUUUCAUACCAUUGAAUGUGUUGUCGGCAAACCUUGCCGAGAAGAACAGAAUGGAGGGUGCCAAAUGUAUGCUGUAGAAGGUACGGGCACAGGAGCACGAUACGGAGCAAUGGCGGCUGAUAUGACAUCUAUACAAGCCACGUAUAAAAAGUGCAAGCUGACUUUUCUGCAAGAGUUCGGUACCACGUAUCUCUAAAGCAGAUACCCCUAUAUUCCUUUCUUGCCUUUGAGCUUUACAAUGCUGUCACUAAUUAUAUAUUGUUUGCUCGAUGAACAAUAUGCAUUAUAAUUUCUAUGAAAAGUCGGCCUUGCCUACUAUAAUGCUUGAGGCACGUCCUGUCUACAUUCUGUUGCUGCGGGUAUAUUAUUUCCUAGCAGCCAUACUCGGAUAAGGACACUUGCGUGGAAUAUGAUAACAUCGCAAUAUUUUCCUUAUAGUAUAUUGUAUGUGUUUCAACUUGCCUCAACGAGCUUAUAAUUUCAUCUUCAAGUGCAUGCUUUGCCCUCUGUUUCAACUCUCAGCUCAAGCCAGACAGUACUGGGAUCCAGUGCAUCAAGUCAUGUGCUUGUAAAGGAUACAAAGAAUCUUUUGGGAACUUGAGAGUGGCAGGCAAUAUUUUGCUAAAAGAUCUAGUUUCUUCGGAGCCUAAGGUGAAGUCACAAACACUGUCUUUUAUUAGAGAAAUGUCAGCUGCUACUGAUGACGCUUCCUCAAGUUUGUCUGACCAGUUUUGACUAUUUUUGUGCUUUGUGUGCAAAAUCACAGGUGUGAUAUUUAAGGAAACAUUAACCAACUUGUUUCUCUUCAAGCAGUGCUGAUGCAGUAUGUGGAUUUUAUGUUUAUUUCCUGAAAAGAAGGCAGCAUUGGUGAAGUAACAAUUAGUCAUGUUUGUAGACCAGAAUACACUGUUUACAUUCACUUUAACAAAAUCUAGUCAAAUGUAAAUUGUUUGGGCGCUUGAUUAUGACUAUAACUGGAAUAAGAGUCAUUGGCAUUUUUUGUGGUUUUUGGUGUUGCAUUCCUCAGGGCAUUCCUCGAGAGCUUGUUUAAGUAUAUUGUUUACUACACAUGCUAGAACGAUGUCCUGAUAUGUCUGAAUGCUAUUUGAUAUCGGGUUAGAUUGUGAAUUGAUAAUGUGCUAAAAAAUGUUUUUCAAUCCCAUUAUAAAUAAAGUGAAUGGCAACAGGGG